AAGCUGUUGCCGACUAACGGUCUCCGUGUCGUGUACCGUCCUUGGCGGUCUGUGAUUUGUACCAUUCACUUGUAUAAUUGUCGUGUAUCUGGACAGUGCUUUGUAAACACUUGUUUAUACGAUGUAGUGGCUUUGUUCUGCUUCGAUUUCUUUACUUUGAUGGCUUAAUGAAAUGUUUGAACAACAAACGAUUAAAUUUAUCUAUCGUGUGACGUCGUUGAUUGGGGUUAUCUCCCUUUUGCUAACUAACGGAAGAUGACUUGUUUCCUACACCGUCGUCUUCCCGCUGAUGUGUACCUGGCUUGGUCUUCCUGAAUUCGUGCGACGAGGAACUGGUUAUCGUAACAUUGAGUAUUGUUGUGUUACAUUUUCUGUUUACACACAGUAGACAGUUAUUUACUCUUCCUGUGCAGUACACUGAGCUCGCCUUUUUAAUAGCAAACAACGGUAUACAAGUGAACUCAUUACUGCAAAGUGCUGCGACAAAGAUCUUUCAGUCCACAUCCCGAGCUUCCUGAUUCAAGUCUGUAAGGAAAGACAUGGAACAUUAUGAACAACCUGACGUCCCACAAUUCCAUGGACCUUUGACAUCCGCCGUCAGUGCUAGUCCUGAACAGGGAAAUCGUCCAGGAGGACCUGCUACUCAAAAGACAUUAAUCAAGACCUUCAUCAAAGGGUUCAAGUGGUAUUACCUGUUCGCUGCAUGUAUGAUCAUCGCUCUGUUGGUUGUGGUCAUCGUUAUCUCUGUAUACUACUCCACAAAAAGUGAUACAGAAGAAAACAGGAGCUGUCUUCCUUCUUUCCCUCGAGUCAAGCUGAACUACGAUGAACAUGCAGACUUUGCGGCGCUACUUCUGUUUUUCUGGCCAUGGUCGUCUGACAUGGAGGAUACAAAGAGUCCGAUGUACAAGGAAACAAUCAGUAAAGCUGAAUACUGGGUGACAAAGAUCUUUCAGGCGAGUUUGCUUUCCUCUUGUAUCACAUCUCGUGCGAGGGCAAUGAUGAAUCUUGGCGGCAAUACUCUGGUUCGCUUUGACCUGCAUGUGAGCUGUGACACUGCAACAGAAGUAGAAAUAAACAGAGCCUACAUCGAUGGUCACUCGUUCCUGAAGAGAACACAGGACAGAAGCUGUGUGGUCAGCAUCGGUGAAAAUCUUAUCAUUAGGAGGUUUUUUCACACAACCAUUACCCCGCUUCCACCAUCUGAGACACCUAAUUUCAAUGUCAGUUGCCCCCCUUCUCCGCCUCGAGACAAGAUGGACUACAAUCGAGAUGCAGACUUUGAGGCGCUAAUUGUAUUUUUCUGGCCAUGGUCACCUGUCUUCAAAAAUACAAACAGUCCGAUGUACGAGGAAACAAUCAGUAAAGCUGAAUACUGGGUGACAAAGAUCUUUCAGACAAGUUCACUUUCCUCUUGUAUCAGAUCCGCUGCGCAAACAAUGAGUGAUCAAGGCGGCAAUAUUCUGGUUCACUUCAAGCUGUAUGUGAGCUGUGACAGUGCAGCAGAAGUAGAAAUAAACAGAGCCUACAUCGAGGGUCACUUGCUCCUGCAGAGAACACAGGACAGAAGUUGUGUGGUCAGCAUCGGUAAAGAUAUUCACCUUCGGCAGUUGAGUAAUACUAUCUCUUCGAAAGACCCAGAUUAUCCAUUUGCAAUAAAUGACACCAUCUGUGGUCAGUCUCAGCUGUAUCCUGUUCCUAAAAUUGUGGGUGGUCGGCCUGUAAAACGUGGACAGUACCCGUGGGUAGUGAAGGUGCAGAGUUCAAGCAGUCAAUGUGGAGGCACCAUUUGGGACUACAGCCACAUCCUAACGGCGGCACAUUGCAUCGACACGUUGCCGAUCAACGACCGCACAGGACGGGUAGACCCAAGAGGACUUGUGGUCAUUGCCGGUGACUGGGAGAUUACUUCAGUUUAUUCCUAUCUCCAGCAGAACAGAAGUGUCGCGUCAGCACGAAUUCACACACACUACUACGAGAAUAGAAGUUAUAUGGCAAACGACAUUGCCUUAUUGAAACUGGCCGAGCCGUUACAUCCCACCCAGCUAGUGAUGAAAGUGUGUCACCCUCAUGCCAGCACCCAGCUACCAAAGAAGGGCAUUGUUGCAGGCUGGGGACUAACGAAAGAAGAACCAGCAAGAUAUCCUGCAGUACAGCAAAGUCUGGAAGUGUCUUUACUAAAUCAGAGCGACUGUCUGAAACUGCUGCGACUUUAUGGCUUUCCAAAUCGCGUGCACAAGGGGACAAUAUGCUCAAUUGACGAUGACCUAGAAGUAAAAGAUUUUUGCAUGGGGGAUUCUGGUGGUCCACUUUUCGCGAAUCUGGGAACCAGAGGAGAUGAACAUUACACACUCUUUGGCAUCAUCUCACACAAUCACAGAUGUCGAGGAUAUUUUUCUGCCUCAACUUCGGUUCCGUAUUACCGUGACUGGAUCCACGGGACAAUACAAUUUUUGAAACACUUGUAAACUUUCAACAUCAACAGCAUUGGCAUACACACUCGGUCUACCUGUCCUCCAUAAAGAUAUACGAAAAGAUAAUGAGCGGCCCAUAAUAAUGUUGAAGAUAGAUAUACAGUGGAACCUCGGUUAACAAACUUAAUCCGUUCUGGAAAACUGUUCGUUAUCCGAAAUGUUCGUUAUCCGAAACAAUUUUUUCCAUAAGAAAUAAAGGAAAUAGAUGUAAUUGGUU